AUGAUGAUUGGAGACAAAGCUGGGUGGGGACUCGCGCCUGGGCUGCAGGGGCUGCUACACACACAGACACUCUAGCCAGUUGGUGGGCAGCUCCUACUACGGCUGGGUUGGGCUGCGCUGGGCUGGGCUGGGCUGUUCUGGGCUGGGCUAGGCUGGGCUGGGCUGGGCGGGCCGAGCUCACCACAGAUCUGCUCCGCCAGGGGAAGCUGCCCUCUAACCAAGCCUCCGGAACCAAGCAAGAUCUGCCAGUAAGCCUCCAGCCUUGAAAAUUGACCAGAGUCUCUGAAGACCCCAUCCAGCUCUCCAAUGGCCAGCAACAAUACUGCCAGCAUAGCACAAGCCAGGAAGCUGGUAGAACAGCUGAAGAUGGAAGCCAACAUCGACAGGAUAAAGGUGUCCAAGGCAGCUGCGGACUUGAUGGCCUACUGUGAGGCACAUGCCAAGGAAGACCCUCUGCUGACCCCGGUCCCAGCUUCGGAAAACCCUUUUCGGGAGAAGAAAUUCUUCUGCGCUAUCCUUUAAGUCUCUGAGAGGAGGCUGAAGAGCAUCAGGGCUCCUGGGACAUUGACGUAGAAUUCCUUGCAAAGUGGGCACCUUUCUUGUCCGCAGCAUUUAAAGAGAGAAAGGAAAACCAUCCUGGACACUCUGGCUGUGCAUGUUUAAAGAACUGUCCCCUAAUGAGAAUGAAAGCUGAUUCCACAUCCCAACUUUAGCGGUCUGACCCUACAGACCUGCCUGGAGGAGGGGAAUGUGUAAAAAACAAAACCGAUGUCACUUCUUCUCUGCUACCCCUCUGCUUCAUAUUUAAAAACAAAAUAAACAUUAAAGCCAGUGUCCUGAGCUGAGAUAUGGCUGACCUUCUGGGAACGAGAAUUGUCUUUUAAGUACCCUCUGACAAACUGUCGUCCCAUGUAGCCACUGUUCAGUUUAAUGGCAUCCAUGUUUAGUCCUUUGUGCCUUUUUCUUUUCCUUCCCUUUCUUUACACCUGCCUGAGUACUGAGGAGAUAAGGCUGGGUUCCUGUGUUAAACUAAACUUCAAGGAUGAGUGACAGCUAAGAUGUUUAGAAAGAUGUUCCCCAUGGUAUUUCCUUGCAAGAAUAACAAUUAAAAAUAAGAAAGAAAGAAAGAAAGAAAGAAAGAAAGAAAGAAAGAAAGAAAG